AUGCUUGAAGUCUUUCCAGAGUUGAUUCAAAUGAUAUCAAAACAUCUCGAUUGCGAAGGGAUUCGAAAAUUUGCCUCCGUCAACAAAUUGAUCCGAGAAAUGACCUACUCCGCUGUGGUGGUUGCCCAAUAUCAAGAAACACGAAUCUUCUUGAAAGGGCUGUUUCAAUCGUUCCAAGAAUAUGCAUUAAAGGAUGGUCAUAUGUAUUCUAACAAAAUGAAAUGCAAAGUAUUCAAGGCAACAAUUGAGGACAUCUGUUCUUCAGUUGAGAUGAAUGAUAACUUAGGAUUCUUGAUGGAUAAGUGCUUGGAGACUGAAAAAUGCACACAAUAUGUUCGAUUGCCAAAUCUUCUUUCUACAAGUAUGAAACAUCAACUCAAUGACAGAGAGAAACGAGUCAUAGCGUUGGGAAUUCCAAUUCAGAAAAGGGUAAGAUGCAAGUUUAGCAUCAAGAAGCAGAAGCUUGGGAGGUUCCAAAGUGCUCUAUGCGAAGACUGCAAGAAGUACGCUUGCAUAUUGUGCGAGGACAUCUCCACAUGUAGCACAUGCGCCACCUCGAAAUGUUCGUCUUGCAGGGAUUCGGAAACUUUCUUUGUCCGGUUGAAUUGCCACAACUGCUGUAUCUAUGUCGCUGACAGAAUGGCAGCUCAAGGUUGCACGCACAUGCCACAUUGCGAGAUCUGCGGGCUCCAUUGCAAAAAGCCUCCAAGGGUCUGUGAGUCCUGCGGAGUUUCUUCGUGCGAUUCUUGCAUUCCCUUGUCAUCUGUCUGCAUGCAAUGUGGUCAGUACAGUCUCUGGUAG